UACGAACAUAAGAUCUUACUCCUUACAUCCCCCGUCUACAAUGUUUCGACAUGUUGUUAAAUUGAUAACUACCUAGGUAUCUAAUAGGUGAAUAUAUCAAUUCAUCAUGUGACAUCUCCACGAGCCACCACGAAGCUUUUAUUUCCGGGGACAAAAGUGACGUAGAAGCAAGAGUGCGGCGUUCAUGUUGGAGAUACAUUACGGAUUACUGUAGGAUGGACGUCUCAAAUACAUAUACCACUUGGUUCCAAUCUCAAUUCGCACAAUCAAUAUCCAUCCUAUCGACAUGUUUGUAUAAUUGUGAAAAGUUCAUUUGUCCAUUCUAUCAUUCAUCUUUUGAUUACCAAGCUACAAGAGUAGUGGUGAGCAUUCCCGUUAUUCUCCGUUUCAGACACACACCAGCACAGCCCUAAUGCGCUGGAAAGGACAUCCUAGGUAGAAAUCCUUUACCAGGUCAACAUCCUCACCUUGACAACAUCAUCAAUGCAUCUUAUCACCAUACUGUAGCUCCUUUUUGACCACCUAAAUCUUCCGAUUGUGCGCGAUAGAAAUCGAGUCCUGAUCAACAAUCUACGAUUUCCGUUUCCACAUUACAAGCACAAAUCGCACCAUUCUUACAAUGCCGGCCGAUUACAGCUCGACGGCGAGAGCAUUAGCUCUGCCUAUUAGUCCCCUCGCGUCUCCGCCCUCCUCUCCAAUUCAACAUGCAGAGAGACCACCAUGGUCAAGACGUAUAUCCUCCGGAGUCCGAAGAGCAUACAAUUCCGCCUCGCCAUACUCCAGCCAGCCCACCACAUCCUUCAAAGCUCAAAUUCUCCGCAAGGCAGAUAAAUUACAACGAAAGUGCAUUUCAGCAUGGCAGAACCUUUCUACUUUACAAAAAUGUCUUGCCAUUGUAGCAGCAAUUUUAAACAUUGUCCUCGUCGCCCUUUUCCUGGUCUAUCAACAUCAAAUCUUCGCUAGUCUUGCCCCGUUCGCAGAACGCUGGCGGGAUCUGCCAGGAGGAUGGAUGAUUCUAUGGGCCAUGACAUUCGUUGCCGCAUUUCCGCCCCUCAUAGGCUACUCCUCUACCAUCACCAUUGCGGGUUUCGUCUAUGGAGUUCCCAAAGGCUGGGCUAUAGUGGCGACCUCAACAGUAGCAGGCUCUCUCUGUUCAUUCUUAGCUUCUCGAACCAUCCUCUCAACCUACGUACAUCGCCUGGUAGGCAAAGAUAAACGUUUCGAAGCCCUAGCCCUCACGCUCAAACACGAUGGUAUCAAGAUCCUAUGCAUGAUCCGUCUCUGUCCUCUCCCAUACUCCCUCUCAAAUGCCGCUGUCGCCACAUUCCCUACCGUACAUCCUCUCAACUACGCUCUUGCUACUGCUUUAGUAACCCCCAAACUCUUCAUCCACGUCUUCAUUGGCAGUCGCUUGGGUUCACUCGCCGGCAAUGAAGGAAUGGACACUUCAACCAAAAUGAUAAACUAUGCCAGUAUAGUCAUUGGAGGCGGGCUAGGAGCCACAGUCGGCUAUAUAAUCUACCAACGCACCAUGGCGCGCGCGAAAGAACUCGAAAUAGAAGAGCUCGAAGCCGCCAAUGGCGACGUGGCAGCCGGAAGAAGAGUAGCAGCAGAAUACAGCGAUGCCAACAAUGAUGAUGCGGCGCUGAUGAACGACGAUGAUAUAUCCUUGUGGGACAACACCGAUGAACCAGCCAGGUACACGGAUUUUGUGGAUGGGGAAGAGGCAAAUGUUUUUGCGAGUGGAGAUUUAAAUGAAGAGGCGGAUAUUGGGGAGGAAAGACGACUAGAACUUAGAUUUGGGGUAAGGUUUUUGGCGGUUUGAAAACCAGGAAGGUGUGUGUUGUAUGACAUGUAUGCUGGAUACGCGCUGGGUUUGGGUUCGGAUUUGAUGGUGUCACUACAUUUUUGGCGUUGGGGAUAAAGGAGGGGCAAUGAUUAAAAGGUGCAUGGUUUAUUCAUAUUUCUUCGCAUUGGGGAGAUAUCGACUUAGAAGGGAAAAGGGGAUAAAGACACUUCGUGACCUCAACAUCUAAGAUUCAAUGAACAUAUUUGCUUGUAGCAUCCUUGGGCUGUUUCUUCU